AUGUGGGACACGGAGGAACAGGGUCAACAAGUUUUAUCAAUUGCAAAUUUUGGGGAUGUGAUUGAAUUUUCUUUACGUAACCAGGUAAUUAUACCUUUCCUGACUGCCACAGCAUUUGCUGCACCGAAUUAUGUAGUUGCACCUGCCCCACAGGCAAUCAUCAGUUCGUACGGGAACAAUGUCGCUGCCUAUCCGGCCGGAACAAGACCCCCCAAUAUCGAAGAAGUCCAAAAAGAAUGGAAUAAGUUUCUGGAAAAACUGCCAUGGCUGAAAGGCCCUGCUGGCCCUCCUGGUCCUCCCGGACCUCCUGGUGGGGGACGGGGAGUUGACAGUUACGGAACUGAUUACAAUCAACUACCACAGACAAUUGUCGGACCCCCAGGACCACCAGGGCCACCAGGACCAGCUGGACCUAAAGGAGAGAUCGGAUACACUGGAAAACCUGGAUUGAAUGGCGCUCCUGGUCCACAAGGAGCACCGGGUCUUGAUGGCGCACCUGGGGCACCUGGAGAAAAAGGAGCAGCAGGAUACCAUGGAGCUCCUGGAGCUCCUGGAAAAGACGGUUACCAUGGAGCUAAAGGAGAGCCUGGUUACAAUGGCGCUCCUGGUUUGAACGGAGCCCCAGGAGCCCCUGGCAAAGAUGGACUUAAUGGAAUGUCCGGAUUUGCAGGACCCAAAGGCGAAAAGGGAGAACAAGGGCCAACUUUAACUUCAACCAUUCCUGGUCCACCCGGCCCUCCCGGUCCUGCUGGUAAAGACGGAUGGCCUGGUUUCCCUGGUGGACCUGGACCUGUUGGCCCUGUCGGCCCUGCUGGACCAGUCGGAUCUGUUGGAAGACCCGGCACAAAUGGUUUACCCGGAGCUCCUGGUCCUAAAGGCGAAAUGGGAAGUCCUGGAUUCAACGGAAUGCCCGGCAAAGACGGACUCAAUGGCGCUCCAAGCAUGCAGCCAGGCCCAAUGGGACCCCAAGGAAUGGUCGGACCACCAGGCUUCAACGGAGCUCCCGGAAAAGAUGGUUUACCUGGCCCCAUUGGCUCACCAGGCAAAGAUGGACUUAACGGCGCCCCCGGACCUAUCGGUCAACCCGGACAGCCAGGCAAACCUGGAAAGGACGGUUUCAUUGGUUUCCCCGGAGCUCCUGGUUUCCCUGGUGCACCAGGCCCUGUAGGACCUGAAGGCAAACCCGGCGUACGAGGCCUGACUGGCAGCCCAGGCCCGAUGGGUCCUGUUGGAGAAAUGGGACCUCAAGGUAACCCCGGAGCACCAGGCUUGCUUGGCGCUCCAGGUCCUAUCGGACCUGUAGGAAGCCCUGGUCCGAUGGGAAGCCCUGGACCAACAGGUCCUCAAGGUAAUCCAGGCGCUCCAGGAUUGCUUGGUGCUCCAGGACCAGUUGGACCUCAAGGAAGCCCUGGCGCUCCCCCACCUAUUGGAGCUCCAGGACCCGGAGCUCCUAUUGAUACUCCAAUCGGAGCACCUGGGCCUCUCCCACCCGGAGCACCUGGACCUAUCCCACCAGUUUACGGUGAACCCACUUCUUAUCCGACCCAGGCACAACAGUAUUCCAGCAAAGCGCCGGGAGAAUCGGCUCGAGACAACCAGGACUUGUUCCAGUCGUACGUAGCCAACGCCAACCGAGGAUAGAUUUUAAACUUAUAUGGACCUGAAAGUUAAAGUUUGU